UUAUUAGCAGCACUGAAAAGAAGUUAAAGGUAAUAAGUAAAUAUUUACUAAUGCUUGUUAAUUUGGCCCUUAGAAACGAACUGGAGUCUUUGAAGGAGAAAAUGGCAAAGACAAGUGAAGAGAUUAAAAGUAAACUGGAUGAAAGAGAAGAAAACAUGAAAAAUUUAAAGAAACAGGUGGAAAAUAAAACCAAAUGCAUUGAAGAGUUGCAGCAGGAGAAUAAGGUGCUGAAAAAGAAAAUUACUGCAGAAAGCAAAAAAACCAGUCUUUAUGAAGGGAAGGUGAAUAAAUUGCAGUUAGAGAUAGAGAAUAUGAACAAGCAACAUAAGGAAGCAGUUGACAUCUAUCAAAAAGACAUAGAAACAAGAAAAGUGAAUGAAAAUAAACUUCAUGAAGAGGUAGAAAAGAUGAAGCUGCUUUAUGAUGAAGCAACAAUGAUACAGAGAGAAACUGAUAUCCGAUGUCAGCAUAAGAUAACUGAAAUGGUGGCACUUAUGGAAAAGCACAAGAAUGAAUAUGAUAAAAUGGUUGAAGAAAAAGAUGCAGAGUUAAAAAUAUAUAAAAUUAGACAACAAAAGCAGUUAUCAUCAGAAAGAGCACUGGAAAAUGAGCUGUCAUGUUUGAAAAGUGAACUGUCGUCCCUCAAGGAACAGCUGAAAGCAGAAAUUGAAGAAAAGGAGAAUCUUAUAAAAGAGCACUCUCGAAAUAGGAGUCCUGAAAGUGAAAAGAAACACAAGACAUACGUUAUAAAGACUCCUCCAACAGAUAGACUGCAAAGUGGAAGAAGCACAAACCUACCUUCAGAGCAGAGCACAAGGAAAAAGCAAAAAGUGCUUCUCCAACUGGAUAGUCAUUCAGACAGCUCUGAGCACACGGACCUUCUGAGCAUAGUCUCGGAAGAAGAAAUGUUUAAAAAAUUAUACAAAGAUUAUCCACAAGCUUCACAAUUACAUCCCACAGCACCAAAAAAGACACCAGCUCCAUCCAAUGUGAAAUCUCCAGGCUCUGCACUGAAACUCAAAACCAUGAGGAGAAUGCGUGAUGCAGGGUGGACUACGGUUUCCAAAAUGGACAGGAAAAGAAAAAUGAAAGAAGUUGUAAAGUUCUUUGCUUAAAAUGCAGAAAUACCCAGUGCCCUGGCAUUGCUUACUGGUGCCACCACAGGGUUGUUAUUCUCUCAGUGUUAGUACUUUGUUGCAUUUUUCUGUCAUACUCAGUUUGUUUAAAACUAUGUUCAUUUCGUUUACACAUACAAACUUUAUAGACCUAUAACUACAUCCCCCUACAGAGCAUUUUCCAUCUUUCCUCCCUUGUGCUGCAAAAUGUUGGGACACAAAUUAGCCAGUCUUAAAUUUUGAAAUAAAUAUAGCUACAUGGAAAGUUGUUUCAAAGCUGUUUCCUGGCAUUAGAAAUUCUGCUCUUUCAAAUUUACUCUGUUUUUCUUAACACGUAAUACUUAGUGAAAGAAAUGUAGCUGUUAAAUGUAUGCACUUCUACCUGAAGUCCUCUUGCUUUUUCCUGCAUUUUAAUAGCUGUUAGACCUGUCUUUUUUGUUUUGUUUUCAGUAUGUUAAAACAGUUUUGAAACUUUUAAAAUUGAAGUUUCAAUAGAAUUACUUGUAUUUAAAAAGAUUUCAGCUUCAUAAGGAAUAAAAUAUGCA